AUGAUUUACCGAACGAAUUCGUUUCGAAUCGUAUUCAUUUUGAACAUAAUUUUGUGUUCGUUUGGUUGCAAAAUGAACCUCACGGAUAGAGCUUUCAAAGCGGGAGAUCUUAUUCUGGGCGGCUUGUUUCCCGUCCAUUCCUAUUGCUCGAAUUGUUGUAAAGGUCAGUGCGGCGAUCUUCGAUCCCUUGACGCUCUUUACUUUGCCGAAGCCAUGAUGUACGCCAUUGAUGAAACAAACAGAAAUUCAAGUAUAUUGCAAGGGAUUUCUUUAGGAUUUGAAAUCUUCGAUUAUUGCUCAAAAGACGUAAUAGCGUUGGAGAAAGCUUCUAAUUUCCUUCCGUCGUGCUGGAAAAAGCCUUCAUCACCAGUGGUUGGUGUUGUAGGACCUUAUUCCAGCAGUGUCGGGCUUCAGGUAUCCAAUCUACUUGGACUUUUCAAAGUGCCGCAUGUGAGCUAUGGCGCAACCAGUCCAUUACUCAGCGACAAGAGCCGCUUCAAGUAUUUUAUCAGAACAGUUCCUUCUGACGCUGUGCGCGCUCAAGCUUUGGUGGAUCUAUUGUUGAAAAAUGAAACAAAAUACGUGUCAGUUCUAUAUUCUGACGAUGAGUUUGGCAGAGAGGGGAAAAAAUACUUCACGCAAGCGGCGAAAGAGCGAGGCAUCUGUGUUGGUAUAACAAGGGCGCUACCUCAAGGUCAUACAGUGUUAACAUUUGAUGACAUAGUCAUGGACAUAAGCCAAAAGAUAAAUGCACAAGUUAUUGUCCUCUUUUGUUCCAAAAGUGAUAUAAGUUUGCUUUUUACAUCGGUUAAAAAGUUUGGAAAGGAAAGGUUUUUCAGAUGGCUUGUAGGAGGUGAUUACGCAGAGAUGUCCGUUUACUUAAAUGGAAACGAAGAUGUCGCUAAAAAUAUAGUUUUGUGUUCACCUCGUAAUGAAAAGUCAACGAGAUUCAUGGAAUGGAGAAACAGGAGCAAUGUAAGUCACAGCCCGUGGUUCUCAGAAAUAGAGCUAAAGUACGAAACCUCAAAAUAUCGCCCUGAAAAUGAAGGAAAAACAAUAUCCGCAGAUUUAUACAUUCAAAGCGUCAUCAACUCCGUGUACGCUUUUGCUCACGCACUGGACAAAAUGUGCAAAACUUUCUGUGCAAAUAAUUCUAACACCGCAACGUGUUUGAAAGAAAAAUCACUCAAUCAAACCCUAUUGCUGGAUUAUAUUUUGAAUGUAAAUUAUACGACGUUGAACGGACGGAAGAUAAAAUUCGACAAAAACGGAGAUCUUUCCGCAGAAUACGACAUAUUAAGACCUAAGAAAGAAGGGUCAUCGUGGGGCGUCGAAAAGUUCGGCCGCUGGGGUCCACCGAUAAAAGGGGCGGGGCCUGUUAAAGUGCAGCUAUUUGAGGAUGCACUUAUACUGCCCAGAACCUUUUGCAGUCGUCCAUGCGAUGUGGGAGAAAGAAAAAUUACUAUCGAGACUUGUUGUUGGAGAUGCGAACCAUGUAAAACCGAUGAGAUCACAUCGAGCAAUCAAACGGAAUGUACAACAUGCACACCAGACUUCAUGCCAGAUGAAAAAAGAGUAAACUGCCUACCUAAACCAGUUAUCAAUGUCGACCCGUCGUCAUCUCUGCUUCUCUUCACCUUGUCGCUCUCAGCCACUGGAGUUCUUUGUACUUUGUUCAUGCUGGGUGUGUUCGUCAUCCUCAAGCAUCAUCCAGUCAUCAAAGCGUCUAGUCGCGGGCUAAGCUGUAUCUUGUUGGUUGGAAUCAUGAUAUCUUUCGCUGAAAGCUUCGUAGAUUUAAUGGAGCCACGUAAUGUAUCCAUGUUCAUACUUUCCGGUUUUUGUUUCAUUGUAAAAAGCAACACCAAAUUUUCCGUUCGCGUUGGAAUUAGAGUACGAAGAGCAAAUCUAAAAUGCUGAAAUGAAAUGCUGUUGCCAAAUUCUAUAAAUUUUAUGCACAAUAAAUUUUCCUUGUGAUGAGGAUCUUUUUCCAAUUGUUACAAUUAUACUAACAUUAACCUCAGUCGUUCACUUGGAAAUUGACUCUACAGAUUUGAUGUAUCGGUGUGUUGCAUUUGUCAGAUUGUCCCUUAUAACGCCGGGUAAGAAAACCAUAAACUGAUAGUCCCUGAUAACUUAAUUGAAUAUGUUUAUGUCCUAUCCCUAGAUAA